AGAUGGAUUUGCAGGUAUGGAGAGUGUGUGGAGGGGCCAUGUUCGUGUUGGCACAGAAGAUUGGCUGCUGAGCCAGGGCGUGUCUCCAGGAGGCCUGCCAGGCUGCCCGGAUCCCCACCUCACUGCCAUGGACCGCCCAGGCUGACCAGCCAGUUCCCGCCGGAGGCUCAUGGUGUCGACUGGGGAGACCAUGUCCAGGACCCCCCACUGCUUGCCGCGGCUGCUCCGGGGCGCCCCGAGGCAGCGGGUCUGCACCCUGUUCAUCAUCAGCUUCAAAUGCACGUGUUUUGUCUUCAUCAUGAUCUACUGGCACAUUGUGGGAGAGCCCAGGAGCCAAGGACAGCUCUUGAACCUGCCUGUUGACAUCCCCUGCCCCCGCUUGGUCCCCCCAGCGGCGCCCUCCAGCACCCCCACUCCGGGCAACAUCUUCUUCCUGGAGACUUCAGACCGGACCAACCCCAACUUCCUGUUCAUGUGCUCGGUGGAGUCGGCGGCCAGGGCCCACCCCGAGUCCCGGGUGGCGGUCCUGAUGAAGGGGCUGCCUGGCGGCAACGCCUCCCUGCCCCGGCACCUGGGCCUCUCGCUUCUGGGCUGCUUCCCCAACGUGCAGAUGCUCCCGCUGGACCUGGAGGAGCUGUUCCGGGACACGCCCCUGGCGGCCUGGUACGAGGCCGUGCAGCGGCGGUGGGAGCCCUACCUGCUGCCUGUGCUCUCCGAUGCGUCCAGGAUUGCGCUCAUGUGGAAGUUCGGUGGCAUCUACCUGGACACGGACUUCAUCGUCCUCAAGAACCUAAGGAACCUGACCAACGUGCUGGGCACCCAGUCCCGCUAUGUCCUCAACGGUGCCUUCCUGGCCUUUGAGCGCCACCACGAGUUCAUGGCGCUGUGCAUGCGUGACUUCGUGGCCCACUAUAAUGGCUGGAUCUGGGGCCACCAGGGCCCCCAGCUGCUCACGCGGGUCUUCAAGAAGUGGUGCUCCAUCCGCAGCCUGGACGAGAGCCACGCCUGCCGCGGCGUCACCACCCUGCCCUCUGAGGCCUUCUACCCCAUCCCCUGGCAGAACUGGAGGAAGUACUUCGAGGACAUCAGCCCCGAGGAGCUGUCCCAGCUGCUCAAUGCCACCUACGCCGUUCACGUGUGGAACAAGAAGAGCCAGGGGACACGCUUUGAGGCCACGUCCAGGGCGCUGCUGGCCCAGCUCCAUGCCCGCUACUGCCCCACGACGCACGAGGCCAUGAAGAUGUACCUGUGAGGGGCCUGCCAGGCCGUCCCCGCCUGCUGUCCUGACGGAGGAGGGCUCUUGGCCACCCUUCCUGGGGAGGCGAGAAGGGAGGGCCAGGAGAGGGAAGCCUGAGCUGCUGCAGCCGGGCCUGGGGGCAGGCUGCGGGGAGGGCAGAGAACUGUCAGCCCAAGAGGCGUCGUUGGAGG